UCAUACCAACACGCUAAUCAAGCAGCUGGUAAUCAACAUGGAGGAAACGAAAGUUGCACUUGCGUCAGUCAAAGACAAUUUCUUCAAGCUUGUUGAUUUUGUAAAAGAAAAAGUUGAUCUAACUCAUGACGUUGAAAUACCACGAAAUGAAGUUUUUUCUGUACCAGAAAUACUCUCAGAGAAAGCAGCAAAUGAAAUGGCAAGGAGGGAAAUGUUGGUCCAAAUUCUCAAGUCACUUCUGGGUUUAGGGGCCACAGUUGGUCUGACGUAUUAUUGUGUGAAUUACAUGGUCAAUGCAAUGGAUCCAACUAAGAAGGAAAAGCAGAAAUCACGAGAGAGGGCUGAGGCAAUGCUGCGGCGUCUUGGAGUUAUAGACAUAAAGUUAAGUGACUAUGAGCUGUGUAUUGCCGCCAACUUGGUUGACCCGUCGGCAAUGAAUGUGUCAUGGGAAGAUAUUGGGGGACUGAAGGAGGAGAUUGACCAGAUACAGGACACGGUCAUCUUUCCCUUCCGGCGCAGUGAUCUCUUCAAAAGGUCCAGUCUGGUCCAACCUCCUAAAGGUGUGCUACUGUAUGGACCACCAGGCUGUGGUAAAACUAUGAUAGCCAAGGCUACAGCUAAGGCAGCAGGAGCAAGGUUUAUCAACCUACAGAUUUCCUCCUUGGUGGACAAGUGGUAUGGCGAGUCACAGAAACGGGCAGAGGCUGUCUUCUCUCUGGCUCUAAAACUGCAGCCAUCCAUUAUCUUCAUAGAUGAAAUUGAUUCCUUCCUACGUUCAAGGUCAGGAAAUGACCAUGAAGCGACUUUGAUGAUCAAGACCCAGUUUAUGAGUUUCUGGGAUGGCUUGAUCACUGAUCCCAAGUGUCAGGUGAUGAUUAUGGGGGCCAGCAACCGGCCGCAUGAUAUUGACGCUGCCAUUCUCAGACGAAUGCCCUGCACGUUUAGGAUUGGCAUGCCUGCGCGUGCCCAGAGGGUCUCAAUUCUGAGCCUGUUGUUGGAGGGAGAGGAAGUGGAUGAGGACAUUGACUAUGGUAGCCUCGGUGACCUCACAGACGGGUUCUCUGGCAGUGACAUCAAAGAGGCAUGCAGGCUUGCGGCACUCAACAGGAUUCACAGCUAUGUUGCAGAGGCCCGCAGACUGCAUGGGGAAGAGUACUGUGACAUGAUAACAGGAGAGAUGCGAAACAUCAGCCUCUCGGACCUCACAUAUGGUGUGAAGAAGAUCCGCAACUCCAAACAGACAAUGUCAAGCUCUGUGUCGAAUAUACAACUGGACUAAUAUAGUUAAAUAUGUUUUAGAUUAUGAUUUUAAUUCAUUGCAGAAGUUUAUUCAUUUUUAAAAAAAAUAUCGUAUGCACAAAAUGAUUUGAAGUGCAGGCCAAAUUUACCUAUAAAAUGACUAUAAAAACCCAUAGGCCUGUUGGAGAAUCCUAAAGGCACUGGAAUGGCUAUAAGCCUGAUCAGUCUGUGAUGCUUUGUUAAUUUAUGUGUUGGCUGAGAAGAGUAUAGUAUUUAUAUGUGAGUCAGGGUUGUUAUGGAAACAGGGCCAAAGUAAAUUAAACAUCAGCUUUGUUGAUAGUUCAAAUUGUAUAACUUUUUAAAAAGUUGUAAAACACAAACAUUUAGUGUUCAUUUAGAGCAUGAUUUCUUCUGUUAACGCAAACUACACUAUUACAACUAUCUUUUACAAUUAAAUUUGGUCAUUUAACAUGAAAUGAUUUGCCAUUUUUUCUAAAAAUAUAUUCACAAUUCAGUGAAGUAAACUAUCAAAUCCACACAUAUUUUAUUGGUUGUGACCACUCAUUACAAUUAAUAAAUAUAUGCCAUUCCUGUACUUAUAAACAAAUGUCAUAUUUGAAUGUGUUUGCUUUGAUACAGAAAUGUCAUUUCCAGGCCCCAAUUUCUCGAAACUUUUUAAGCUUAACAGGCUUAAGUCGCUCAUUUCAAACAGCCAAAAUACAUACUACUAAUAAUUUUUGAUAAAUGAAAAAUGGUUUCUUCAAAUGAGCAUACAGAUUUUUCUUAUAUAUUUUAUAAAAACUCAUAAAGAAGUAAAUAUAACGCAUAUUAUAGAACAACAAAAAUAGUGAGUUUAGCUUAAUCCUGUUAUAAGGGACUUAAGAAGUUUCGAGAAAUUGGGGCCUGGAGAUUAUCCGAGUUAGUAAAUGUCUGAGUGUAACAGUUCUACAUGUAGGUCUUGUCACUUUUUCCAAUCUCCUUUAUGAACAGCCAUAUACAGGCUUUGUUUAGCACAAUGACUGUGAUGCAAUAAAAUAUCAAAACUUUA